AUCACAAUGGAGAUUCGACAAACAGUUGCCUACACUCGACAGGGUGUGAAUGGCGCCACAAUUACAAUUAUGCUACUGCUAUUGAUAGUAAAAGAUGUCGAUUCCGUACACAUAACACACCUUUCGGUGCCCCGUGUGUACGUGUUAGAUAAUUACCAUCACCAGCGGCACGAUCAGCACCAGUAUUACGCCCGCAGUCAGCUAAAAGCUCGCGAUGACCCGGACAUACCGUUUGAUCCCGCGGAACCGAACCCACUGUCCGGGGAGCUAAGGGCAUCCGAUCCGGCCGAGCAUCUAGUGCUGGACUGUGAGUAUGUCAUCGAACCGCACGAGACCGGGUUCGUGCUGAAGUGGCUGCACAACGAUGUACCGAUUUACCAGUGGAUCCCGCCCCAUCGAAGCCCGUCCAGUUUGAAUCGCAUGCGGGACCACGUCAAUCGUACGUUCACCGUGGGCAACGAGGCAAUGCACAAGCACCGGGCGUUGGCCCUGAUGCACCCGAGCCAGGACUUUGCCGGCAAGUACAGCUGCUCCGUGCAGACGUUCCAAUCGUUCGACAUCAAGUCGGCCGAUCUGUUCAUCAUCGUGCCCGAGUCCGGGUUUGUGCUGAAGAACUAUCGAAACUUGAACGACCUGGUGACGGUCAUCUGCAGCGUGUACGGUAUUUUCCCAGCGCCCGAGCUGUCACUAUGGAUCAACGACUACCGGCUGGAGAACGGAACCAUUAACGAGAUCCCGGUGGCCGAGGGACUGUACGAUAGCUCCGUCAGCGUACAGUUGGUGCUGUACGAGUCACUUCAGCCGGACGAUGUGAUCAAAUGUAUGCUCACCGUUCCCGGAACCGAGUAUCGACGGACGAAGGAGACUGUGUUUGUAGAUGUAAAUAGCAGACCAUUCGGGGAGUCAAACUCCAUCCUGGACCCGUUCGGAACGGUGUCCUAUAGCAGUAGCAGCAGCAGCAGUAGUAGUAGUAGUACUAGUAGUAGUAGUAGUAGUGGUAGUAGUACAGCCAAAGUUCCGGUGACGCCAGUGACCAGCAGUAGCACGACACCGACGCUGACCGAUGCAACGGUUACACCGGAGGCAUCCCCUCCGAGUACAAAAGUGACGGUGAACCAACAGCCAAGCUCGUCCGCCGUCGCCGGUACCGCCAACCCGAAGGAUACCGUCCGGCCACAGAUUCCGUCCGUGAUACGUUUGAGGCCGACGGCCAGCUCCACCCGGGUACUGACCGUGCAGCAGUCGAAUUCGGUUGACUCGGACGAGAUAAUGAAUGUGUUGGACUUCAAGGAGUUGCUUAACGAGAACUUGCUCUACAACAGCGGUGCCGACCGGUUAGAACUCCACCGGUUGCGGUCUGUGGUUUUCGUUUUAAGCAUACCGUUGCUCCUCACUGGCCACCUAAUGGUAAUGCUACGCCGGUGGCAGAUGCAUGGCUCGUAAUCCUGUUCUCCUGUGACCGACCAAACCGGAGCAACCCGGUGGGCGAUGCUCAACAGACUUAUGACGACGGU